AUGAGCGUAACAGAGGAAACAAAUGAACCAAAGUUUGAUAAUAUUCAAGUUAAGAGAGAAAUACCAGCAGUUAUGAUGGAAAAUAUAUUUAGAUCGAACCAAGCAAAUCCGCAAUUGUUCAGUAUAGCAGCACUAAGUGGUGAGAGUAGGACCGGACAAGAAAAUAUUUAUUUAAAACAACGGGAUGAAUUUCAAAAUGAAGCCGCCGACGACGAGGGUUAUUCAAAUGUGAAAGUAGAUGUAGAAGAACACAGCAGCGAUGACAGUGAUAACAGCUCGUCUUCCGAACGACGAAAAGACAGUUUUGGGAUUAUUGGUGAAAGUUAUGAACAAAAAGAUCUCGAUGGAAAAUCGAAGACACGGAAACCAAAAGGUGAGAAAGUGGUAAGAUUAAACAUUAAUGCCAGGGAAAGGCGGAGAAUGCAUGAUUUAAAUGACGCUCUUGAUGAACUUCGGUCAGUGAUACCGUAUGCACAUAGCCCUUCCGUGCGAAAACUUUCAAAAAUUGCAACUUUACUGCUGGCUAAAAAUUUCAUUCUAAUGCAAGCCAAUGCACUGGAGGAAAUGCGGCGAGUGAUUGCAUACAGGAAUAACCCCUCGACCAGCCCAUCUGUGUGUCUGGAGCCCUUUACCAGGUACCCAAACAUGCCAGGGUUACAGACUUUAACGACUUUCCCUAGGAACAAUGGACGCAAGUUCUCUCCAGCAUUCCAAAGGACAGCUGACAGUAGUGCAUUCAAGCGGAACUCUAGUGACAAAGUGUAG